AUGUGUCCUGAUGUUCCAGUUGUGCGGGAGCCACUUGCACUGCGACAACAGCCAGGGCCUACGUCGUCCAUGCAGCAGGCUUGGUCGAAAGCUAAAUUGGACUUGACACACCAAUGGCUGGCUUUACUGACUGAAAUGGGCACAGCAAGUGGUCUGGUUACAGCUACAGCACAGUCCAAACAUGUUGAAGACCAUCGUAGUCGUGUGAUUGCGAAAUUUGCUCCGAGCACUUUGCAGUCUUAUUUUAGGAUUUGGAGACGCUGGCAUGACUUUGCAUCUAAUUUGGGAGCCUCACCAUUCAAUCCUGCGACAGUCCUUUUAGCUGAUUUUUUGGCUGAACAUGCUCAUGGACCUUUGCAAGUGGCGACAGCGUACUUCAAGGGUCUCUCAUGGAUGUCAAGGCAAGCCCAGCUCCCAGAUUUGUUUCAAGCAUUGCAGUCAACGGUGUGCAAAGCAUAUUUGCAGUCAUCAACCAUUUCUGAAAAGAGGGAGUCAGCUCCAUUGCCAUUGUCAUUCGUGCUGUACUUGGAAAAGACGGUCUUGGCCAAGACUACCACCCCUGGGGAUGUGCUGCAACUGGGCUCGCUCUUAUUCAUGAUUUGGUCCAGCCUCCGGUGGUCGGACACGCUGUGGAUUCGACCUGAUUCCAUCACGAUUCAGCAGCAUGCAGUGUUUGCCUUGUCUUCUCAUACCAAGACAACAAACAGAGGAAUGCCAGUGGCUUGUUUCGCCUUUGGAAUGCUAGGUCAACAUGGGAGUGCAUCAUGGGCCCAGGUCUGGUUGAAUGUGGUGCAUCAAGCACUCUACGACACCAUGGCCACGCACCCUGGUUUCGAUGUUGACUACUUGCUGACGGAGAUUGGGUCCGAUGCCCAAAAACCACAGUUUUUGAAACCUUUGCCAAGGGAUCGUGGCCUUCAACUUUUGAGGUACUGGCUUUGUCAAUGCCAUGAAGCGCACCAGGUUGAAGCCAAACCGGAGGACUUUCACCUGCUGGGCACCCAUUCAUGCAAGACGACGAUGCUGUGUUGGGCUCAGCAGUUGCAAUUACCAUUGGAACAGCGUCAGCUGCAGGGCCAUCACAGAUGGAUCUGUGGCUCUUUACAGUCGCAACGACACUCUGCCAGCUUUGAUGUUGCAGUGCACAAUUGCCCAGAAGGUGGUGCUCCGUCUCUCCCGGAUUUCAGUGUUCAGGUGCCAGCUUGGAAACCAUUGCCAUUCCAAGUUGACCAGCUGGCAGUCGCUGGUCAGACAUCAGGUGAUGUCACUUUGGCAUCUGCUCCCAAUCCUGAUGAUGCAGAGUCUGAGUUUUCUGACGCCUCAGAGGAUUCUGAUGACCCUAAGGAAAACCAGGUGGUCGAAGACCCACCUGACCAGAUGGCCUUUCUCUUCAACCCUGUCACCAAAGUGGCACAUGUGGCGGCACGUUGUGAGGCUACAGACCGUGCUAUGUGCUAUGAGGAUUCCAGCUUGCAGACAUUCCGCACGGGAUGUGGUGCGCGGCCGAAUGCCGUGUCUGGCGAUUUGUGCUUCCUUCACUGCCUGCCAGAUGGCGCACGCUUGUGCCUUCGCAGCGCAUGUGCACGUUUCAUGUCGAAAUCAGCUUGA